GUGUAUAGGCGUAAGUAUUUAACCCAUACAAGCAUUUCGACUCUUGUUAGCAAUAUUGUCUCGUGCGAACUAUUUCCCCUUACCUUCGACUGAAAAUAUAAUGUUGCGCCGUCUCUCUACUGUUGCUGCUGCCAGCUAUGCUUGCAGAGCCUCAUUGAUGGCAUUUUCAGAGCCGUUGUCGACGUUGCGUUACUCCGCACGUUUUGCAGGAGGCCUUCAAACUCUUCUACAAGAUCGUGAUGAUAAGUUUUUGGCACUUACGCAGGAAUUGAAUUUGGUCAAAAUAGCGGAGUUGGCUAAUCAGGCUCCAUUUAAUCUGCAUCGCGAAUUACCCAAACACUGCACGGAAUUUCAAUCGACUGCCUCCGUUGGCGAGAUCCAAAAUACGGGCCUAAAUGGGGAGAACGGGGAAGAACCCGAGCAAAAGAGAUUGCAGGAGCUCUACGAGCGUUUGCCAGCGGAGAAGAAGGAGGCGGUGAGGGUACAACGUCUGAUGAACCACCUGCGGGAUGCACUAUGCUCUGUAAAUGCGGUGCUGCGGGUGGAGGUGGGGGAUCAGCUGGAGAAGGUGGCUGGUUCCGGUGCGGCCGCCCCGGAUUCCCAAAAGGUGACACUUCCCGCCCAAGAUCUCGAUGCGGGUUUGGGUGUUUUUCACCUUGUCAAGAAGCAUCAAGGAAUGUUUUCCCCCGAACAAUGGGCGGAAGAUAUGGAGCCGGAGUUAAAGGACUUCGAGGCCUUAUUUAAAUGGACUGAUGAUCCGCGGGCAGCCUCUUUUUAGAGCUGUCUCCUUCAAAAAAUAAUAAUUCGUAAUAUCUUGUUGCGUAAAGUAAUAUAUACAUAUAUAUUAUUUAUUUUUCUACUAAUUUUUUAAACACACGAUGAUGAUGUCUCAUAAUCACUCAAAAGCAUUUAUA